AUGACUGCCCUUAGCGGUGGUGGCAUGGCUUCAAGCCCUCCCUCUGAGAACGGGACUGUUUCCUAUGGCACUCCUUCCACCGACCCGACCACCUUCACUCCCGAGGGUGGUGCUGCCACCAAGUCACUCAAGGAACGUGUCAAUCACGCUCGCAGCCAGGUCGCCCUCUAUCGAAACGACCCCCUUGAUGAUGUCUUCUUGAACGCUCCUAGCUCCGAUCGGGCCCUUGGUCGUCGUCAACUCUCCCCGACUGCAGAAGUCUUCUGCCCUACUGCCCCUCUUCGCGAGAAAGUCGGUGGUUCCGGCCGCCACGCUCUGACCUUCCAAGGUCGUGUGCAUGCUGUCAAUGUCUACAAGGCAGUAGUUGUCCCUCCUGUCGAAGUCCCGCAUGGAAGCGUAAGCGCCCUUCUCAAGGGCAGUGCCCCGGAACGCAAGGCCAUUGCUCUAACCCCUGAGCAGGCUCAUCCUGUUGUCCCAGGAGUCAUCGGAGGCCCAGUCGUCCCAGGCCCAGUCGUCCCGCGAUCGGAGUUGAAGCUCAGCAACUUCGCUGGUGUCAAGAUCCAAGACGUCCACUUCGCUUACGGCAUCUUCAGCACCGAUGAGAACACCGCCCGUGCCUUCAUCGUCAGCGGUGUUCCAGAGCAGUAUCGUUCUGUUGACUUUAUUGUCUCUGCCUUUCCGACUUCGUCCUUCCCUUCGUUGAGAACCAUCAAUGCUUCCCAGUUGGUCAGCAAUGGUUUCUUCACUCUGUCCUUUGCCGACGUUCGUCAAGCCAAGAAGGCGCACGAAGUCUGCACUUCCCUGAUCCCAUUGGCUCGUGUCUUCCCAUUGUCUCCCAAGGCAUUGGCCAUCGACGAGGGCAAGGACCCAUUGAUGGUCAGUGACUUCGAAGGUCAAGUCGUCGUCACUGUGUACUUCAACGGCUACGCCCAUUUCAACGGAAAAGCAAAGGACGCCGCUGCCAUCAUUGGCGAGAUGCAGAACAUGCUCACUCAGUGUGGUGACAUCAAGGCAUUCCACGCCAUGGCCCCGACUCAGGCCCACGUUCGAGAGUUUCGUGUCGAGUUCUUCGAUGUUGAUGUGGUCGACGCUGUCAAGGAGAAGAUGAGUGGUUUCGUCACCGAGCAUGGCACUGUCAUGGAUGCGGAGGCCUUCAAGCCAGACGUUCGUCCUGUCAUGUCUCCCCGUUCUGGGUCUGUGAGCCCUCGUGAACAGCUUUCCAUCACCGGUCGCUCAACUGUUCCGGUCGAUCCUGACUAUGAUCGUCUGGCUGGUGUCAUUCAGCGUGAAGCUCUUCGCAGUGGUCGUCGUAUCAACCAGAGCGCCAAUCACAAUGCUAUUGACAUUGCUCGCAUCCAGGCUGGCAUUGAUGUUCGCACUACCAUCAUGUUGCGCAAUAUCCCCAAUCGCGUUGACCAGGGCAUGCUCAAGAAGCUCCUGGAUUCCACUUCUCAUGGUCGUUACGACUUCAUGUACCUUCGCAUUGACUUUGCCAACAAUUGCAAUGUCGGAUACGCCUUCAUCAACUUUCUCGAUGCUCAGUCCAUCAUUCCGUUCGUUCUUGCCCGUGCUGGAAAGCGCUGGAACUGCUUUGCUUCUGACAAGGUUGCGGAAGUCUCCUAUGCCACCAUCCAAGGCAAGGACUGCCUCGUCCAGAAGUUUCGCAACUCUUCCGUCAUGCUUGAGCAUCCGUCGUUUCGUCCCAAGCUCUUCAUUGCUGGCAAUGUUCCCAACGCCGGCAGCGAGGAACGCUUCCCUGGCCCUGACAAUGCUUCCAAGAUGCGUCGAUCGGUGGAGAAUGCGGAACAUGUCGGUCUGUUUGUCCUUCCAUCGCCUCCUCCGGCUAGAGGCAGCCGUCCCUAUGGCAAAUCUGGCAUGAGACUGUCAUCCCGCAACCCCUAUGGAGGCAAAGGUCGUCGUCGUGUUGGCCACUAUCUUCCUCCUGCACGUGCCACUGCAAACUCCCCAGGAAGAUUCUCAUCGGAUGAAGGCACCCCUCGUGUUAUCACCAACUUCAACGCUGUCAAUGUCAAUAGUCCUUAUGACCCUUUUGCCGGCACCCCAGCCCGAUUUCCGGCUUUUCGCGCCUAG